CAGAAGCAGCAGCUCUGGGGCGGGUUUGCCGGCUGAGGUUACCAAGGCGGUGUCGAAGUCGCUUCCCUUUCCCCUUUCUCUUCCUAUUCUUCUCUGGGUGGUUUUCUUGGCUUUGCUUUGCUCCAGAGAGUGUAUCAGACUACAUGGUGAAAUUGUUUGUAAUUUGGGACCCUACUUUUUGCAAGUUCGCCUUUGCCUCAGAUCAGUACGCUCUUCGUCUGGGGAUCCUGUUCUAUUGUGUUUCCACUUCAGUGAGUGAAACUGCACCAUACAAAGCCAAAUAAGGAAAUGAAGUUUUUCUCUUGACAGGCCGACUUACUUGGCUAAAGCCAGUCCCUGGUUGGCCUGGUCAGAACAGUGAAGAGAAAUGCUGAGCUUUACCAGAUGUCACCAUCUGAAGCGGAUAACACAGAAGUGCUUUUCUAGUGCGCUGGUUAAAGUACAGACCCACACACAGCUCUUGCUUCCACGAGCCUUUGCAUGUGCAGAAUCAGGGAAGUCAUGGCACUCGGCCAACUCUCUCAUUGGAGACAAAAAUAUUGUCCUGAUGGGGCCUCCUGGUGCUGGGAAAACAACAGUCGGCAGAAUAUUAGGUGACAAACUAGGCUGCUGUGUCAUCGAUGUGGAUGCUGAUGUCCUUGAGAAAACCUGGAAUAUGAGCGUGUCUGAAAAAUUGCAGGAUGUUGGUAAUGAGCGAUUUUUAGAAGAGGAAGGAAAAGCAGUGUUAAACUUGUUUGCAUCUGGAAGUGUGAUUUCCCUCAGUGGGUCCAAUCCCAUGCAUGAUGCUAGCAUGUGGCAUCUGAAGAAAAAUGGGAUUGUCGUAUACCUGGAUGUGCCUCUAACAGAUAUAAUUAGUCGUCUGAAGUCAAUGAGAGUUGAUAGGAUUGUUGGCUGGAACACUGGCGCGUCUCUGAGAGACUUGCUGAAGCAUGGAAGACUGCACUAUAGGAAGUGGUACGAUGCCCGAGUCUUCUGUGAGAGCGGGGCCUCAGCUGAGGAGGUUGCUGACAAAGUGCUUGAUGUGGUUAAAAGAUACCAAGAUGUGGACUCAGAGACGUUCAUUUCAACAAGGCAUGUUUGUCUUAAAGACCACGACAAGAAGUUUCCACCAAAAUACUUCAGUGAAGCUGUGGUUGAGGGAUUAGCUUCUGAUGGUGGCCUCUUUGUUCCCGAGAAGGAGUUUCCCAAACUAAGCCCCGGGGAGUGGACUAACCUCGUAGGGGCAACCUACAUCGAAAGAGCACAGGUGCUGUUGGAAAGGUGCAUUCACCCUGCGGACAUUCCUGCUGCCAAAUUAGGAGAAAUGAUUGAAACUGCUUAUGGGGAAAGCUUUGCCUGCUCCAAAGUUGCCCCUGUCAGGCACCUUUCUGGCAAUCAGUUCAUCCUGGAGUUGUUCUAUGGCCCGACGGGCUCCUUUAAAGAUUUGUCUUUACAGCUUAUGCCUCAUAUUUUUGCCUACUGUAUCCCUCCAGGCUGCAACUAUGUGCUGCUUGUAGCUACUUCAGGAGACACUGGGAGUGCCGUCCUAAAUGGGUUUAGCCGGCUUAACAGAAGUGAUAAAGAAAGGAUAGCUGUGCUCACGUUCUUUCCAGAGAAUGGCGUUAGUGAUUUCCAGAGAGCAGAGAUAGUUGGAAGUCAGAGAGAAAAUGGAUGGGCAAUAGGUGUCAAGUCAGAUUUUGAUUUUUGCCAGGCAGCUAUUAGAAAAAUAUUUAAUGAUUCUGAUUUUACUGGCUUUCUGACUGUGGAAUAUGGCGUGGUCUUAAGUUCAGCGAACUCUAUAAAUUGGGCUCGACUACUCCCGCAGGUAGUGUACCAUGCCUCCGCAUACCUUGAGCUCGUUAGCCAAGGGUUUAUUUCUUUUGGAAGCCCAGUCGAUGUCUGUAUCCCCACAGGAAACUUUGGAAACAUAUUAGCAGCAGUGUAUGCCAAGAUGAUGGGAAUUCCUAUUCGAAAAUUUAUCUGUGCCUCUAAUCAGAACCACAUUCUGACUGAUUUCAUAAAAACUGGACAUUAUGAUCUAAGAAAUAGGAGAUUAGCACAAACCUUCUCACCAUCAAUAAACAUUCUCAAGUCCUCAAACCUGGAGCGACAUUUAUACUUGAUGGCUAACAAAGACGGGCAGUUGAUGGCGGAUUUAUAUAAUCAGCUGGAGAGCCAGCUUCACUUCCAGAUUGAGGAGCUGCUAGUUGAGAAGCUGCAGCAGGAUUUUGUUGCUGACUGGUGUUCUGAGGGCGAAUGCCUAGAGGCUAUCAGCACUACCUACAACACAUUGGGCUAUAUUUUGGAUCCACAUACCGCUGUUGCAAAAGUGGUUGCAGACAAGAUGCAAGACAAAAGCUGCCCCGUGGUCAUCGCAUCGACAGCUCACUACUCCAAGUUUGCACCUGCCGUCCUGCAGGCACUGAGGAUCAAAGAACUCAACCAGACGUCGGCAAGCCAGCUCUACCUCCUGAGCUCGUACAAUGCGUUACCACCUCCUCAUGAGGCUCUAUUAGAGAGAAUGAAGCAGAAGGAGAUGGAUUACCAGGCUUGUGUAGCUGAUGUGGAUGUCCUGAAGAGUCAUGUGGAGAAACUCAUCCAAAGUUGGUUUAGGGAAGUCUGAGUAGGGUUUUUUGUUUUUUGUUUUUUUUUCUUGGUAAGGAGCAAUAAUAAAUCUCGAAAGUGGAUUUGGACUACAAUAGAGUUUGUUUUGUAUAAAUGUUUCUGUGUGCAUCUGAUCUCUGGAGCUGACUAUUACACCUGCUGUCCUCACGUCCUCCAGAAGAGACAAGGCCAGCACAGUACCUGGACCCCUGUGCUCUCGUGCUGUAUUCUCUGCUCAUGUUGAGCAUGGCAGUUUCUCCUUCACUUCUCUUCUGAGUGGAACAGAUAGCGUGGCAUUUAAAAACAUUUAAACACAGUAGGUACUGCAUCUGUAGCCAUUUAGUGUUGAUUGAACAGUUUGCUGCUUGAAGUAGCUAGCAUAGAGGAAGUAGUAAGAACGCUAAGAUUAGAGUCAUCAUUGUUAACCCCUUUCAAACUCCACUUUGGACAGUAGUUGCUGACAUGUACCCUACACUAUCCAGUUAGAGUUGGUGGACCAUUCACUGCUCUUUGAAUGUCUGUAGUUAGGGCUGAUGAAGUUUGAAAAUCAGGCCAACGUGUGAUUCUAGGAUGUAGCAGUUGACAGAACUGUGGGCACGGGAACAAAGUCACCUACUUCAGGAAGGUGAUCCAAGAUUAGUAGUGUUUAAGCUGCUUUAAUCAAAGUUCAGUUAUAGACAGCAGCACUUCUGUAUUAUUUGUAGUCUGUUCCUAUUUGUCUCACUUUUAACAUUUUGGGGUACCUAAAUCCACACAAAUCAGUACAAACGCCUCAUUCCACGGCUGUGUAGUAACAGUGAUCUUAACUGGGAUUUGUGUAUUUCCUGGGUAUUUAAUUUACCUUUUGGAUUGAAGAGUGUGACUGACCGAAGAAGUGCAGUGGGCUGCUCCCCACCACAAGAUGGCAUUCCUCACAGCAUUUGCUAUUGCUGGUGACAGUCUGCUUCUGGUUACCUUACAGGGAAACAUUCCAAAUUGAAAUGAUGGAAAAAGUUAAUAGUUUUAAUAGGCAAGAAGCAAUUUGAUAUACAAAUUUUAAAUAAACAAUUACAUGUUAAUAUUAA